AUGUUCGAGUUUGGCAGCUUGUCGAGCCAGCACACGACGACUUUAUUCGACGAUUCGGGCCUCUCGUCGACAGCACUCACUAAUUCUACUAAUAAUAGUAUAACCUCCGGGUCGCCACCGACGGCGUUCAGCAGCAAUUACAUCGAACGUCCCGGGUCGAUGUUUAUGAGCCUCUACAGUGGCGAAAACGGUGUCGCCAUCGGAAGUGGACUCAACAAUUCCAAUUCCAACAGCUCCAACGGAUUCGGCCUGACGUCUUCAUCUGAAUCCACGCCACCGACAAUCGAGUCACUUUUGGAGCCGUUCGGCAUGCAAAGCAGCACCGCUGACUUUGCUGCCGCACUGGCACAGUUGACCGGGCAAACGGUACAACAGAUGGAUAGACAACACUCAACUACUCAGAGGCCGACGUCGUUCGCCGCCAGCUCUCUCUUCUCGUCGUCGGAAUUCGCGAAUCCUCUUGGAGCACCCGGCACACCGAUUGGUUCCCAACAACAACAACAGCAUCAAAUGUCAAUAGGACACAAUCUCCUGGGCAAUGGUAACUCAUCUCCAUUCUCGACGCCACUCGGCACUCCAAAUGGCGGCCCAGUCCCACCACCAAAGAAUCCGAAACUCUAUAAAACAGAAUUAUGUCGAUCGUGGAUGGAUCACGGGCGGUGCAAUUACGGAGAACGGUGUCAAUAUGCUCACGGAGAAGUGGAGAAACGUCCGGUGCCACGUCAUCCGAAAUACAAAACGGAGGCGUGUCAAUCGUUCCAUCAGAGUGGAUAUUGUCCAUAUGGACCAAGGUGUCAUUUCAUUCAUAAUGAGCCACCAAGUCAAUACGUGACACCAAUCUCCACUCCAGUCUCCCAACCGAAUACUCCAUCACUCUACGCUUCACAAUAUCACAAUGUCAACAUGAAGACUCCAUCAUCACCACAGACGACGUCAGGAGGACAGAAUCAGACUACUGUAGGUGGAGGAGUGCCGAGCAACACAGUGCUCCAACGUGUCUACUCGCUGCCAAACGGAGGGUACGGUAGUGCCGGAGAGUCGCCGCCGUGUAGUUCGAAUGAUUCCGGCAGUGAAUCGCCGAGCAAUGGAAGCUUCUCGCCUGGAUUGGAUCUUGAUGAUAAUGGUCCAUUCUCCGCCGGAUUCCUGUCCGCCUCACCACACCACAAACUUCAGAAGACGUCGACACCCGCCGCUGCUCCACGUGUUCAAACGAAUCGAUUCUUGUCGUACGAUCAGUCGAACAUAAGCGACAAUCAAUUCAGUAAUCUGCUGAAUGACAUUUGUCAGUGGAACAUUGAGGACUCGUUGUCGACCACUUUUCCAGGAUUCCUAACCUCCAAAUGGUCGACGACGCCAGCCGACGAGACGGCAGGAGCCACCACCCCGGCUGCCACCAGUACACCCGGUCGUCUACCGGUUUUCGCUCAACUCAGUAACCCCCAAUAA